AUGACAAAACCAAAGGAUAUCAAAAACAAUGAUCCUUCAACUAAAGCGAAUAAUGAGCGUAGAAGAUCAAUUGCAUUAUUAACAAGAUCACCAAUUAGUGGAUCACCAUAUAAUAAUAAUCCAAAUUCAUCACCACGAGGUUCACAACCAAAUUCAUAUGUUUCAAAUACUCAGUUCUUAAGAGAAAAUACACCUAUACCAUUACUCAAAACCAACUACUUUGGUACAAAUGAUAAUGAAUCAGCUAUAGUAGAUUCUAAUGAGAAUUUAAACAAAAAAUCUAAGAAUGAUUAUGAUAAGAUAGAUUUAAGUGAAGGUUUAAAUGAUCCUAAAGUGAUUUCAAAAAUUUCAAAACAUUUAUCAAAAGAUUCAUCAAACUUAAUGAAUGAAGGCGGAGAUAUAACAAGAGAUCUUUAUAAAAUACAACAAGAUUUAGAAAAUAAACCUUUCCUCAAAAGGUCAAAAAGUUAUAAUGAACUAGAUGAUGGUUCUGAUAGCUCUUCGAUAAAAUCAAGAGCUGGUUCUUUUAAUGUACCUGGUGGAUUCAGGAGAGAGUUUUUAAUUCAACAACAUAACCAACAACAUAAUCAACAACAUAAUCAACAACAUAAUCAACAACAUAAUCAACAUCAUAAUCAACAACAUAAUCAACAAGACAAUGAAACCAAUAAUGAAUAUCAGAGCUUUAAUAACGACCACUACAACAACUACCACAAUGAUAUAGAAAACGGACCAAUCUAUAAACCAGUAACACCAAAUUUUUUAACAAAAAACUUUAUAGAAUUUUUAAGCAUUUAUGGACAUUUCGCAGGUGAAGAUUUAGAAGAUGAUGAAAGUUCAUCAGAGGUAUCAUCUUUAAGAAAACAAAGACAAUUUUAUCCACAACAUUCUGAAGAUAUACCAUUAUUACAAACAUCAGAUAAUUUUAACCCUAAGGGAACUGCAACUGACAAAAAGGCAUAUUUUUUGUUAUUAAAGGCAUUUGUUGGAACUGGUGUUUUGUUUUUACCAAAGGCUUUUGCUAAUGGUGGAUUGUUUUUUUCCAUUGGGUUGUUGAUGUUUUUUGCAUUAUUAUCAUGGUGGUGUUAUUUAAUUUUAGUAAUUGCUAAAAAUAAAACAAAAGUUUCAGGAUUUGCUGAAAUUGGAUUGAAAUUAUAUGGACCAUGGUUACAAAAACUUAUUUUAUUUUCAAUUGUGAUUUCUCAAAUUGGGUUUGUUGCUGCUUAUAUUGUAUUUACCUCGGAGAAUUUAAGAGCAUUUUUGAUUAAUAUUUUAAAUUUGAUGAAUUUUAAACAAUUUGAUUCAAAUUAUCAGUUUCCUAUGUACUGGUUCAUAUUAUUACAAGUCAUAAUAAUUAUCCCAAUGAGUUUAAUUCGAGAUAUUACUAAAUUAUCCAUAUCAGCAGUACUUGCGAAUUUUUUCAUAAUGUUAGGAUUAAUGAUUAUAAUAUACUUCAUCAACUAUGAAUUUUUAGUGAUGAAUGAUUUACAAUUUGGUCCAAAUGUUGAAUUUUGGUUUAAUAAAGCUGAUUUUUCUUUAUUCAUUGGUACAGCAAUUUUUGCAUUUGAAGGAAUAGGAUUAAUCAUACCUAUUCAAGAGUCAAUGAUAUAUCCACAAAAUUUUCCCAAAGUUUUAACAAAAGUCAUUAUCUCAAUUACGUUUAUUUUCAUAUUAGUCGGAACAUUAGGUUAUUUAACUUUUGGAUCAAAUGUACAAACAGUAAUAUUAUUAAAUUUACCCCAGAAUUCAAUUUUUAUAAUAAUGACACAAUUUUUUUAUUCUUUAGCAAUAUUAUUGUCAACACCAUUACAAUUAUUCCCCGCUAUAAGAUUAAUAGAAAGUAAAUUAUUUAGUUUAAAAAGUGGUAAAAUUUCACAAAAAAUAAAAUGGUUUAAAAAUUUAUUUCGUUCAAGUUUUGUUUGUCUUAUUGCAUAUAUUGCAUUAAUUGGUGGACAAAAUUUAAAUAAAUUUGUUUCAAUUGUUGGAUGUUUUUGUAUAUCAUUGAUUUAUAUUUUCCCUCCAAUUUUACACCUUAAAAGUUGUUGUCAUACAAAUUAUGGAUUGAAUGAAAAAGAAAAAACAAAGAUGUUUUGGUUGGGAAAAUUGGAUUAUUUAUUGGUUGUUAUUGGAUCUAUUGCUAUGGUUUAUACAACUUAUCAGAUUUUAUUUACUUAA